AUGAACUCCAGCUCGAGCUUCACCUCCAUUGGGCCCUCCGCCUCGGCCCACAGCCGCAACCAUCUUCGUGCCCACGGCCUCGGGGAUCGUGCAGGCCGGCGGGACGGUGAGGGACGAGCCGAGGGCGAGGCAGAGGUCCGCCUUCCGGGCGUGGUCGCGCGCCAGCCGGAGGGGCUCCGCGGGGAGGUACUCGCCAAAGUUGACGAUCGUAUCGAGGAGGGUCCCGCCGCAGACGGCGGCGCACUUGCGGCCGGUGCGGUGGUCGUGCACGGUCUUCUCUGUCAGCAGCUGGGACGAGCCAAGGAAAAUUUCGAGUCGCGCGAGAUUCGCGCAGAGAGCCAUCACGGCCGCUUCGACCCUGCCGACGUUCUCGGCCCCGAGGAGGCGGAUAAGUUCAUGAGCUUCGAGGAGUACUCCGCGCACUGGGAGGUCACGAGCAAGGGCCUGAUCGGCAAAACCGAUAUCAGGGCGAUAUCGCCCGUACUCCGAUAUAAAAGUACAUAG